AUGCAUAGAAUCCCUGCCGUAUCCGCCGUCUCUCCGCGCUCAGCGGUGCAGGCCACCCCCAUCACCUCUGUUUCGCGGUUUGCCCGUAGUUUUGGCAGCUUUGCAGGCUUCAAGCAACAUUAUGGGAAAAAUUCGCCGGAGCGUUUGGGACUAGAACGCUCCUUAAAAUCACUGAAGCAAAAAUUCCCGCUUGAAGUCCCAGCUGUUAUCGGAGGCAAAAAUAUCAAAUCUCCCAACCUAUCUCGCCAGCCAAACCCGUCUUUCCACGCUGAAGCUGUGGCUCAUUACUAUAAUGUCGCCGAAGAACAUGUCCACCAGGCAAUCGACGCUGCCCUGAAGUCUAAGCUAGAAUGGGAACUUCUCUCCUUUGCCGAUAGAGCUGCCGUUUUUCUCAAGGCUGCUGAUCUGAUAGCGGGGAAGUACCGCUACGAUAUCAUGGCCGCCACCAUGCUUGGCCAAGGGAAGAACGCCUGGCAGGCUGAGAUAGAUGCUGCUGCCGAGCUUGCGGAUUUCCUACGGUUUAAUGUUCAGUAUGCGGAGGAGCUGUAUGCCCAGCAGCCUCAGCAUCAUUCGCCAGGUGUUUGGAACCGCGUGGAAUACCGCCCAUUAGAAGGAUUUGUGUAUGCGAUAUCUCCUUUCAACUUUACCGCCAUUGGGGGUAACCUAUGUGCCGCGCCCGCCCUUCUUGGUAAUGUCGUUGUCUGGAAGCCAUCGCCGUCUUCCAUGGCCGCGAGCUAUCUUCUGUACCAAAUUUUCCUUGAAGCGGGCCUUCCCCCAAAUGUGAUUCAGUUUGUGCCGGGCGAUGCUGAAAUGGUUACCAGCAUUGCCCUCACGCACAAGGAAUUCGCUGCCCUUCAUUUCACCGGAAGCAGCUCCGUUUUCCGGUCUUUGUAUGGAAAGAUAGGUCAAUGCAUUGCGAAUGGCGUAUACCGAAGCUAUCCCCGAGUGGUUGGUGAAACCGGCGGCAAGAAUUUCCAUCUGGUCCACCCUUCUGCUGAUAUUACCAAUGCUGCCAUCAACACCGUUCGUGGCGCUUUUGAGUAUCAGGGACAAAAAUGCAGUGCCACUUCUCGUGCCUACGUCCCCCAGUCCCGCUGGGAAGAGUUUAAAUCUCUGCUCAUCAGUGAGACAGAAAGUUUGAAGUCAGGCCCGCCGGAGGAUUUUGGCAGUUUUAUCGGGCCUGUUAUCCAUGAGGUAUCUUUCAAAAAGCUCACUGGAGUUAUGGAUGCUGCGAAUAAGGACUCCGAACUUGAGUUGAUCGUUGGGGGGAAAUAUGAUGGUAGCCGGGGGUAUUUCAUUCAGCCUACUAUCUACCUCGCAAAGGAUCCCCACCACAAACUUAUGUCUACCGAACUCUUUGGACCCAUUCUCGUCAUUUAUGUGUAUGACGACACUAAAUCUCCCGUUGAAGCAUUCCAAAAAAUCUGCGGAACCAUCAAUAAUACAUCAGAGUACGGCCUAACUGGUUCUGUCUUUUCUGUACAAAGGGACGCCAUUCGGUACGCUGAGGAAGCACUGAGAAAUACGGCUGGGAACUUCUACAUCAAUUGCAAGUCGACAGGCGCUGUUGUUGGACAACAACCGUUUGGUGGAGCUCGACAGAGCGGAACAAAUGAUAAAGCAGGAAGCGCAACCAUUCUCAGCAGAUUUGUGAGCAUGCGUUCGAUUAAAGAGGAAUUCUCUGCCCUCUCCCAGACCACAUACCCCAGCAACGAGGUAUAG